AUGCCGCCUGAUACUGGCGCUCGCCUAGCCGAGGUGGGCAGAUGGGGUGGCCUGAGCGACCGUGAGAUGCUGAUGGAUGUAGACCCAAACCAUUUAGUAGACCCUGCAACCAAACUCUUGGAAAUAGUGAGUAGGAAAGCAGCCAGGAAAGUACAUUAGAAUAUCUGCCAUGAAUCGGAUUUUAUAAUUGCAUUCACAUUUUUAGUGGAUUGAGAUAUCCCAUGCCUUGCUUUUUCAUAUUAUCUCAUCCUACUGAUAAUUGCUGAGGGGCAUGGAUGGAACUGGAUUACAAACUGAAAUGAGAUCAAUUUGAAUUCAGUACAGCUAUUGUUUGUCCCUGUAAGCACUAUUUUAGUACUGUGAAUUGGUGUCCAGCUUGGAAAGGGUACUGUUUUCUCGCUUCUGAAGGCUCUUCCCAGUUAUCGGGGCAUUUUAGUGAAAUUAACUUCCCAAAUCAGUGAAGGAAUUUCAGACCAAACAUUUGAGAUUUAUAUUGGCCAGUAGGCAGACUGCGAGGUUGGUUCCGGGACAGUCAAAUCAAAAGGGUGAGCUGCGACCAUGCACUGUCUUGAGAAUAAGAUCAUGUGAUCCUGACGUUGAUGACACAAAUUUCACAAAUUUUUGCGUAUUGCUACAUUUUAGUUCAGCCACAUCAAGGGAAGUCGUGCCCAAAGAGGGAGCGAAGAGCAUACCAACGGUGUAUUUGAAAUAGCAAAAUUCUGGCUAGGCCGUCCAAGACCCGAAAACAUCUUCUUACCAGAAUUUUUGGCGAUAGUUGAACAUGUACCCUCGAAGAGAUUUUUAGUAGGUGCUCUAAUAGCAGUGAGUGACUUCUUAAGGCCUAUCUGUUUGCACAAUCGAAUCAUUAAUCUCAAAGAAAAACUCGGAGGUGCAGUAAUACAUUCUGUCCUCUAG